AUGGCAUUCACGCCCGCUUUCCUCCAAUGGCUGAACCGAGAGACCGGGUUCCAGUCACUGCGAGACUAUGGCAACAAGGAUAUCUAUCUGAUCUUUCUCACUCGCUUUCUGAGAAUGUUUGCCUACGGAGGAGCUGCUUUGGUCCUUGCGGUCUUCCUGUGGAUAGCUGGAUACGGACUACAGAUUGGGGUCUUCAUGACACUGACUCUUCUUGGCGAUGCAGCAAUCAGUUAUAUCCUCACAAUAGUGGCCGAUAAGCUUGGUCGUCGCCGGGUACUAAUGGUUGGUUCUCUUCUCAUGGUCGUUUCUGGAACCGUGUUCGCUUUGACCGAAAACUACUAUUUGCUCCUGUUUGCGGCCAUAGUUGGGGUCAUAUGUCCAGGUGCCCAUGAAGUCGGACCGUUCCGCGCUCUAGAGGAGGCAAUCCUCGCCCAACUCUCGCCCAUCGAAGCCAGAACUGAUGUCUACGCAUGGUUUGCAGUGUCAUCUACUCUUGGAAUGGCUUCUGGCCUUUGUGUCACUGGCUAUCUGACCUGGGCUCAACGAACUUUUCUCCAUCGUAACUGGAAAGAGACGUACCAUCCUGUCUUUGGAAUGUACGCUCUGAUCGGACUGCUCAAGUUUGCAAUAACCUUCCUGCUGAGCUCAGAAUGUGAAGCCAGCUCCGCCGCGAAAUACACAUGGGCUGCUACUACGACUGUUGAGGAAGUCGGGUCACCAUCUUCAGAGCAGACCGGCUUGCUCCCACGACGUUUCUCAAUACUGAAACAACCUCGAGCAGGUGCUGCUACUAUGGCCACAUCUUCCUUAUCCACCCGCCUACGGAAGUCAAUAGUGUCACCAUGGAAGGUUUCUCGAUCUUCUCUACCAGCCUUGAUGCGCUUGUCUCUAUUGUAUGCUUUGAAUUCCUUUGCGGCAGGCAUGGUUCCAUUGACUCUGAUGUCCUGGUAUGUCCGUUUACGGAACCGAUGGUUUUUGAUGCAUUAUAUUGGAUACCUCAUGGCUGUUGUAUGGCUGUUCUCCAGUCUCUCGAAUCUGCUUUCCGCAUAUGUCGCGAGACGUGUUGGACUCGUUCGCGCCAUGGUUCUUAUGCACUUGCCAUGUGCCUUGUUCCUAGCGCUCAUCCCGCUGGCUUCAAAGACUUGGUACCUAUUGGCGAUCCUUCUUCUCGCAGAUGCCAUGUUCGGUAGCAUGGACCAGGCACCGCGGGAAGCGUUUGUGGCUGCAAUGUUCCUACCUCGAGAAAGGACCCAAGCCAUGGGUACUUUGAAUUUCGUGAGGACUUUGGCUUCAAGUUUCGGCCCAUUGAUCACUUCUUACGUCUGGUCAAAGGAAAAGUGGUGGAUACCGUUUGAACUGGCAGCCGUCCUGAAGAUCUGCUAUGAUGUCGGAAUGCUGGUCAUGUUUCUGCGGACUCCGCUUCCUGAAGAACGCAGACGAGUUGAAGUAGAGAAUGGAGCGGGAGGACCGCAGGAAAUGACCAUGACGGCUGCAGAUUUGGAUGUAAAUAUCUUGAUGGACGAGUACAGUGCAAGAGACCUGGCGUCGCCUAGCGACUUCGAAAUUAGUGACGGCGAGGAAGGUGAUGAUGAAAGAACAUUGAACGGGGAUGAGCAGGAUAUCUCCAGCCAGAGGCGAAAGUAUAGCUCUUGA